UUUCACGAAGGAGGAAACCAGUUGCAAGAGGUUGGCAACCAACAGAAAGGACAGAUGUCAAAGCCAAGCCACACCUUCAAUGCUCUUUUGAAACCCCCCAGCAGCUUCCCUGGCCCAUCUGGUUCAACACACAGAGACUGCGACACUCCGGCAGAAAACACUGAAGAUCUUUCAAGUGACUCUGACGAAUCGGAAGAUGGUUGUGAGAUGCUGGAUGGCCAGGAGACUGAAGCUGGCAUGCGUGACUCUGCCAUGGCUUCACCUCCUGCACGGGCAAAAAACAGGAAGGCGCUAACCCCAGAGGAGUUCCAGCAUGAAGUAUUCGUGAAGCUGACAGUGCUGCGAAUGGUUCAAAAGCAGCAUGGGGAACUUAUACAUGGGCUGAUCGGCCGGCUACGGUCCAAUGCUGCCAAAGGAAAUGCACCUUUAGUUUCCAGCCCGUUCUCGGAGUACGAGUCACUGAAACAGUUCGAUAACAAGUUGACUGGCCAGAUGAAAGAUGUGCUUGUGGAAGAGCUUGCCAACAAAAGUGGAAUCAAUGCUGCUGCGUGCACAAAAAGAAUUCUUUGCUACCUGCUCUGUGACAAUCUUGCAGCGGAAUUCUCAUGGCUUGGAAAAAAAGGAAAGCGUAGAUUCAGCGAGCUCCGUCUUGCCUCUUGCAUAAUAAGUGCUGUGCAAAAGGUUCACGCUGCAAAUGAAUUUGCCAUAGAGGCAGCCAUUCGAGAAUGGCUGCGUCAUGCCCCAGCAAGGCACAGGAAUGCAGCAAGAGGAUCAAGUGGUUGUGAUGAGUAGCCGUGCAGCAUGAUGAAGCCUUAAAGGGGAACUUCGUUGAAGACUUUUGUUCAGCAAUUUUUCAUUCACAUCACUUCGAAGCGUUCAAGGCGAACUUCAUUGAAGACUUUUGUUCAGUAAUUUUUCAUUCACAUAACUUCGAAGCCUUCAAAGUGAACUUCGUUGAAGACUUCUGUUCAGUAAUAAUUUAUUCCCAUAACUUCACUUACAUUACCCUUACAUUCAAAGACUGAUUUCAUUUUAUGUUCAAUAAAUGUGUUUGAAAACAAUGUGCUGUCUGCUGCAAUAAAUCUCUCAGGUCUUGGACUCAGCAUAAACAUGCAGGUUAGACGGCAGCUUGUGCUUGAUGAUAAUGCCAGGCUGGUUGGGGCUUUCUUUACCAAACAUUGCUAAAAUUUUGUGAAUGAGAACUUUUUUUCUAUGCACUUCCUCAGGCUUGCUGCAUGUAUAGUUUUGUGUGCUAGAGACCUGCGCUCCCACUGCAGUCUGGCUCUUAGCUGGUGUGCUAUACUUAUAGAAAGCAUCAACGCCGUGAGGCUGGCCUUAAAUUUGUCUGACAGCAAUCCGGCCAGCCUC